CACACAGCCGUGCAGCCCUGUAAAGACCAUGCCUUCCUUGUUAACAGGAUGCACAGAGUCGCUUAGUAGACAGCUACAGCCUGACUGAAUGUCGACGCUUCAUACUGCAGUGGGCAAAGGAGCUGGACAACCUCCCCAAGGUACAGCACACCUGAUUAGACCUGGAUUACACCUGUCGACCUCCCCAAGGUACAGCACACCUGAUUAGACCUGGAUUACACCUGUCGACCUCCCCAAGGUACAGCAUGCCCACUGGAGACCUGUGUCAUCAUCACCUAUUUGUCUACCCAAGCAGUACUGCCAGUGCCAUAUUUGGGCACAUCCUGGCGAAUGCCUGAAACAAUGACAUCACAGGUAGCAGGGCGGCUGAGGGGUUGAGCUGGGUGGCCAGUGGCCAAGGCAGGCUUUGGGGCUGAACCCGCUCACGAGUUGCCACGGAGACUCAGAGGACAGACGGCGUGAGGGCCAGCAGCAGCUGAACAGUGAAGUGCCACACCUCCAGCAGCCGCACCGCUAGCACCCUGCACACACUCACUCAGAACAGUGCCACCUGUUUUUAGAUCCUGAGAAGAACCGUGUGAAUCCUCGCCUGCAGUCAUGAAGCCUAAGAGUGCAGAUAUCGGUGAUCUUGCCAUCCAACAUGACGGCGGCCUCAGCAAGCCUGAGCCAGCUCGUUUUGUGAAAAAGCUGAAGGACCACACCAUCCCAAUGAGCAAGAAAUUAACACUGGAAUGUGCAUUUACUGGAAGCCCAAAAAUGUUUGUGACCUGGUACAAGAAUGGGAAGCAGCUGUACGCCUCUUACAGAUACAACACUAAAGUCAAAAACAACAAGUGCAUCCUGGAAUGCCUGCAUCCCUGUAACCAGGAGACAUCUGCAAUUUACUCUUGUGAAGUUAGCAAUCCAUAUGGAAUAGAUAUUUGCCAUGCCCAGAUUGUUGCUGUUCCAGAACCUCCUCAGUUUGUCACUAAGCUGAAGGAUAUGUCCGUUUCAACGGCCAAGAAACUCAGACUCGAGUGCACCUUCACAGGAGCCCAGAAGAUGUUUGUCACAUGGUACAAGGAUGGUAAACAGGUGUACGCUUCCUACAGACAUAACACAAAGCUCACUAAGAAAUCCUGCAUCCUGGAAUGCCUUCAUGAGAGCAACGCAGAAACUACAGGAAGAUACUCCUGUGAAAUCAGUAACAAGUAUGGAACAGAUGUAUGCUAUGCUCAGAUCACUGCAGUGGCAGACCCAGCUCAUUUUGUGAAGAAGCUGAAGGACGUCUCCAUCCCAAUGAGCCAGAAACUCAGACUGGAGUGCACUUUCGCUGGCGCCCCCAAGAUGUUCGUCACCUGGUACAAGAAUGACAAGCAGCUCUACGCUUCCUACAGAUACAACACCAAGGUGAUCGGAAACACCUGCAUCUUGGAGUGCCUGCACGAGUGCAACAAGGACACCACUGCAAAAUACUCCUGUGAAGUAUCAAACAAGUUUGGAUCAGACAGGUGUCACGCCGAGGUCAACACAGUGACAGAUUCUCCUCGCUUUGUGAAGAAGCUUUCCAACAUGCAGGUCUAUAUUGGAAAGAAAAUGACCCUGGAAUGUACGUUUACUGGAGCCCCCAAAAUAUUUGUCACUUGGUAUAAGAAUGGCAAGCAACUCUAUGCGUCUUACCGACACAACACAAAACUCAUCGGCAAUAAGUGUAUUGUGGAGUGCCUUCAUGGGAGCAGCAGAGACACUGCGGGAAGAUACUCAUGUGAAAUAAGCAAUUCUCAUGGAUCAACCAUCUGCCAUGCUGAUAUCACUGUGGGAACAGAUACUCCACACUUCAUGAAGAAAUUGGUGGACAAGACCCUUCCACUGAACAAAAUGUUGAAGCUGGAAUGUACCUUCACGGCAGCCCAGAAAGUAUCUGUGACUUGGUAUAAAAAUGGCAAGCAGCUCUCUGAUGGAUACAACACCAAAGUCUCCAACAAUUACUGUAUGUUGGAAGGCCUCCAUAAACCAAGUAAAGAAACUACUGGAAAAUACUCCUGUGAAAUUAGCAACGGCUAUGGAACAGCGAUCUGUCAUGCCCAGAUCACUGCAGACCCAGAGUCAGCUCGCUUCGUGAAGAAGCUUCAGAACCUCCUAAUCCCAAUGAGCCAGAAACUCAAACUGGAGUGCACGUUCUCUGGAGCCCCCGAUAUGUCUGCCACUUGGUACAAAGAUGGUGAAGAGCUCAAGACCUCAGACAAAUACAAAACAAAGAUCUCUGAUAACUCUUGUAUAUUGGAAAGCUUACACGAAUGCAAGAAGGAGAUGGCUGGAAGGUACUCCUGUAAAAUCUCCAAUCAAUAUGGGACAGCUCUCUGUCAUGCUCAAGUGAGCCCCAUUGCAGAACCUGCUCGCUUUGUCAAGAGACUGGAGGAUGUGAGUUUCCCUCUGAGUAAGAAGCUCAGACUGGAGUGCACAUUUAAGGAAGCACCAAAGAUGUUCGUCACGUGGUACAAGGAUGGAAAGCAGUUGUACGCCUCCUACAGAUACAACACCAAGGUCAUCGGGAACAGCUGCAUCUUGGAGUGUCUUCAUGAGUGUAACAAGGACACCCCUGGAAGGUAUUCCUGUGAAGUGUCCAAUCUGCAUGGAGCUGACAUCUGCCAUGCCCAGGUUACUACAGUGACAGAGCCUCCUAAAUUUGUCAAAAAGCUGAAGGAUCACACCGUUCCCAUGACCAAGAAGCUCAGGCUGGAGUGUACGUUCACGGGAGCUCCAAAGAUGUUUGUCACUUGGUACAAGGAGGGCAAGCAAGUCUAUGCUUCUUACAGAUAUAACACAAAAGUGAUUGGAAACACCUGCAUCCUCGAGUGUCUGCAUGAGGCCAACAAAGACACCAGUGGAAAGUACUCCUGUGAGGUUAAUAACGCCUAUGGAAGUGUCAUCUGCCACGCCCAAGUCACAGCAGUCACAGAACCUGCUCAGUUUGUGAUGAAGCUGCAAAACCUCACCAUCCCAAUGGCCCAGAAGCUGAGGCUCGUGUGCACAUUCACUGGUGCCCCAAAGCUUUUUGUCACUUGGUAUAAGAAUGGCAAACAGCUCUACGCUUCGUAUAGAUACAACACCAAAGUCACCAAGAACUCUUGCAUCUUGGAGUGCCUUCACGAGUGCAACAAGGACACCAGUGGCACCUACUCUUGUGAAGUCAGCAACUCUUACGGCACAGAUAUCUGUCACGCACAGAUCACAGCAGUUACAGAACCUGCUCGCAUUGUGAAGAAACUGAAGGAUGUCACUGUUCCAAUGAGCCAGUGUCUGAAACUUGAGUGCACCUUCACUGGUGCCCCUAAGAUGUUCGUCACUUGGUACAAGGAUGGCAAGCAGCUGUACGCUUCAUAUAGAUACAACACCAAGCUUGUUGGAAACAAAUGCAUCAUGGAGGCUCUGCACCCCUGCAACAGCGACACGCCUGGAACUUACUCUUGUGAAGUCAGCAACUCUUACGGAACUGAUAUAUGCCAUGCUGAAGUCAGCACAUCUCCAGAUUCCCCUAAAUUUGUGAAGAAGCUGUCUGACCGCAUCUUGAAAGUUGGAGAUAAACUUUAUCUUGAGUGCACGUUCACCGGUGCUGAGAAGAUGUUUGUCACCUGGUACAAAGAUGGCAAGCAGGUGUACGGCUCGUACAGACACAACACAAAGCUGACGGGUAGCGCCUGCAUCCUGGAGGGUCUCCAUGAGAGCACCAGGCGCACCACCGGGAGGUACUCCUGUGAGAUCAGCAACUCUCACGGAAGUGAUUUCUGCCAUGCUCAGAUCAACGUUGGACCAGAACCUCCACUGUUUGUGACACCGCUGGAGGAUCUCACCAUUCCAUUAAGCGAGAAACUCAGACUUGAGUGCACCUUCACUGGAGCCCCCCAGAUGUUCGUCACUUGGUACAAGAAUGACAAACAGCUCUACGCCUCCUACAGACACAACACCAAGGUCAUUGGCAACAAGUGCAUCGUUGAGGCCCUUCACCCAUGCAACAGGGAAACCAGUGGAAAAUACUCUUGUGAAAUUAGCAAUUCCUAUGGAACAGUGGUCUGUCAUGCCCAUGUCAAAACAUCAGGAGUUUGCCCAGAUGAUACUUCAAGCGUGGCCAAGGCACCAGCAGCCACCGAUGUGAAGAAAGCUCCAGAAACAACAGAUGUGAAGAAAGCUCCAGAAACAACAGAUGUGAAGAAAUCUCCAGAAACAACAGAUGUGAAGAAAGCUCCAGAAACAACAGAUGUGAAGAAAGUAUCCGGGUCAGGAGAACCUGCUCGCUUUGUGAAGAAGCUGAAGGACGUCCAUGUUACUAUAGGCCAGAAGUUAAAACUUGAGUGUGAAUUCAAGGGAACUCCUAAAAUGUUUGUCACUUGGUACAAGAACGGAAAGCAGCUGUAUGCCUCUUAUAGACACAAUACAAAGGUUGCAGGUACCAGAUGCGUCUUGGAAUGUCUUCAUGACACCAAAAAAGACACCGCUGGCCGAUACUCAUGUGAAGUCAGCAAUUCCUGUGGAACUGACAUCUGCCAUGCUGAGGUUGCCGUAGCUACAGAGCCAGCUCGGUUUGUGACACAGCUGAAGGACCAGUUCAUCCCAAUGAGCAAGAGAUUGAUACUGGAGUGUAAAUUUACCGGAAGCCCCAAAAUGUUCGUCACCUGGUACAAGAAUGGGAAGCAGCUGUACGCCUCAUACAGAUACAACACCAAGGUCACAAAGAAUUCAUGCAUCCUGGAGUGCCUCCAUCCCUGCAACGAAGGAACCACUGCAGAUUACUCCUGCGAAGUCAGCAAUGCCUGUGGAACAGAUGUGUGCCAUGCCCAGGUUGUUGCUGUACCAGAACCCACUGAGUUUGUCUCUAAAGGAAGAUACAGUGAUCAAGUCACUGCAGUGCCAGAGCCGCCACGCUUUGUGAAGAAUCUGAAGGACGUCUCCAUCCCAAUGAGCCAGAAACUCAGACUGGAGUGCACUUUCGCUGGCGCCCCCAAGAUGUUCGUCACCUGGUACAGGAAUGACAAACAGCUCUACGCUUCAUACAGAUACAACACCAAAGUGAUCGGAAACACCUGCAUCUUGGAGUGCCUGCACGAGUGCAACCAAGACACCAAUGGAAGAUACUCCUGUGAAGUAUCAAACAAGUUUGGAUCAGAUAUCUGCCAUGCUGAUGUUACAACAGUGAAAGAUGUUCCUCGCUUUGUGAAGAAGCUGCCCAACAUCCAAGUCUAUUAUGGAGAAAAAAUGACUCUGGAAUGUACAUUUACCGGUGCGCCCAAAAUGUUUGUCACUUGGUAUAAGGACGGAAAGCAACUGUAUGCCUCUUACCGACACAACACAAAACUCAUCGGCAAUAAAUGUAUUGUGGAGUGCCUUCAUGGGAGCACCAAUGAAACGGCUGGAAUUUACUCAUGUGAAAUCAGCAACUCACACGGAUCAGCAGUCUGCCAUGCUGAAGUCAAAGUGGGAAAAGAUGCUCCACACUUUGUGAAGAAGUUGACGGAUAUAACUAUUCCAACGAGCGAAAAGUUAAGACUGGAAUGUACCUUCACUGGAGCCCAGAAAAUAUUUGUAACUUGGUAUAAGGAUGGCAAACAGGUCUACGCUUCUUAUAGAUACAACACCAUAGUCAACAACAAUUCCUGUGUAUUGGAAUGCCUGCAUAAAUCCAAAAAAGAAACAACUGGAAAGUAUUCCUGCGAAAUCAGUAAUUCAUUUGGAAAAGCAGUCUGUCAUGCUCAGAUCACUGCAGGCCCAGGGUUCGCUUACUUUGAAAGGAAGCUUGAGAAUCUCCUAAUCCCAAUGAGUCAGAAACUCAAACUGGAGUGUGCUUUUACUGGAACCCCCAAGAUAUUUGUGACUUGGUACAAGGACGGCAAACAACUCUACGCCUCCUACAGACACAACACCAAGCAGACCGAGAACUCAUGCGCCGUGGAAUGCCUGCAGAAGUGCAAGAAGGAGACUGCUGGAAGAUACUCAUGUGAAAUCACCAAUAAGCAUGGGUCUACUAUGUGCCAUGCUUAUGUCUUCCCAGUUCCAGAACCGGCUCGCUUUGUCAAGAGGCUGGAGAAUGUUACCUUCCCUCUGAGUAAGAAGCUCAGACUGGAGUGCACAUUUAAGGGAGCACCAAAGAUGUUCGUCACGUGGUACAAGGAUGGAAAGCAGUUGUACGCCUCCUACAGAUACAACACCAAGGUCAUCGGGAACAGCUGCAUCUUGGAGUGUCUUCAUGAGUGUAACAGCAACACACCUGGGAAGUAUUCCUGUGAAGUGUCCAACUCUUAUGGGACUGACAUCUGCCAUGCCCAGGUUACUGCAGUAACAGAUUCUGGCAUAUUUGUCUGGCCUGCAGGAAAAUCCCACCACCAGUGAGACGCCAUCUUGGAAGCUACAUGUAACGCGUGUGAGCAUCUUAGGGAGGGGGCAGUGGAUCACAACACAUGGAAAACAAAAUGGUGUUCAAAACAGAAGUUUGGGAGGAGCAUGACGGAAUUUGCCAUGCCCCUAUCAUCAAACUCUGUCAGGUAACUUAUUCCCAGUCUAUCGCUUCAAGCCGCGACAUUUGCUUUCGGUGCUCACUUCCAACCCACCCCCUCCCCUAAAACCACCUGUCUUCCUUAGUCAGGAAUGGGAUGGGGGUGUCCUGCAUAAAUCCUGCCUGACACCUGCCUCUGCAGUCAACCUCUGCACGAUUGCUGCAAAUCGCUUCAGGACCCUAUCUAGAGACCUUGCCAAACAAGCUCUCAGCUCACCUCUCCUACCAGUCCUACCAGAAAGACUCUGUUGUCUUGAAUAUGAUAAAUAUAAUACAACUCUACUUAGAAUCAACAGCCAAAAGAUAAUGCAUGAAAGAUACAGUAAGCAUAACAGACUCUUAUGCACACAGCAGCAUAAGGAAGGGCUAGGCUGUUAGUUGCUGUUAGUUGGUUAGUGUAUAAUUGGAUGUCUGACAUACACUUUGAGUCUUCCUGGUAGAACUUUUAAGAACGCUUAAGCUAACAUGCCAAUUGGGAGCGUGAACUCUGAUUCUUUGACUGUCAUCAGGACCCGCUUUGAUUGAUGAAACUCAUUUCCCGCUCAUUUUGAUACCUUUGCCAGAUGCUUCCAAAAUAAUGUUGCCACAGUAGAACGUCUCAUCAUGAUGCUUUGUUUUUCUGGAGUUAUAAGCCUCAACCUGCCAUACACAAACGCCCAUAAACUACCAAUCAGCAUACAUUAUUCUCUCUGUUGUUGUCAAAGCCUUUUGAUGAUCAAUCUAUGUUUAAUGUAAACUUCAACUAUACAUCAUUAUGUACCCUGAUGAACUAGCUGUAGAACUACAUGUGAAAGUGUUCAUGUUGUGCUGCUCAGAUGAGCAGGAUCUCAGCCUGCUGUGUUUAGAACUGAGGCUUGGACAUACCAUCUUAGGGUACAGGGUGAUCUCAAAGCAAGAACUGAGGCUGGGCCAUACCAUCUUAGGGUCCAGGGUGAUCUCAAAGCAAGAACUGAGGCUGGGCCAUACCAUCUUAGGGUCCAGGGUGAUCUCAAAGCAAGAACUGAGGCUGGGCCAUACCAUCUUAGGGUCCAGGGUGAUCUCAAAGCAAGAACUGAGGCUGGGCCAUACCAUCUUAGGGUCUAGUGAUCUCCGCUCGGUGUGUUUAGAAGAACAUACCAUCUUAGGGUCCAAGGUGAUCUCAAAGGUACUCAUUGAAGGAAGGUUUGCUAGGCUGUUUGAUUACCUCAGGCAGGUAAAUACACAAGCAACGUAAGCACUAUUGCAGCGAGCCAAACAACAAUCACUUACAGGUGAGACUAGAUCGAUCACACUUUCAGAAGAGAGAAGUCCAGCCUUGGAGCUCACAAGGACAGCAAGAGAGAUGGAGAAACCCCUGCUGCACACAGCCAUCAUCUGACUUGCAGUAUGUACAUCCUCAAGUGGGGACUCAGCCAUCAUCUGACCUACCGUAUGUACACCCUCAAGUGGGGACACAGCCAUCAUCUGACCUACAGUAUGUACUCCCUCAAGUGGGGACUCAGCCAUCAUCUGACCUACCGUAUGUACACCCUCAAGUGGGGACACAGCCAUCAUCUGACCUACAGUAUGUACACCCUCAAGUGGGGACACAGCCAUCAUCUGACCUCUGUACUGUAUGUACACCCUCAAGUGGGGACACAGACACUGUGGGAAAGCUACAGUG